AUGGAUGAGUAUAAAACGAUAGACACACUCAUUGAGGCUAAAUGUAAUUUAGUAAAACCAGAAUAUGCAAGUGCGUCAGAAAUGAAUAAGUUUUCGUACCAGAGUUUGAUCGGAGCGUUGUUGUAUCUUGCGAUAAUUACCAAGCCAGAUAUAAUUUACGCUGUUAAUUAUUUCAGUCAAUUCAAUACCAAUUGCAAUGUCAAGCAUUGGAAAGCCGCGAAAAGGGUUUUGAGGUAUUUGAAGGGUACAAUAAACGACAGGUUGAGAUUCGAGCGAACCGGGCUAGCUCUAUUUGCUGUUGUAGAUGCUAACUGGGGAGGGGACUCACAGGAUCGUAAGUCAUGUACGGGGUAUGGAUUCAUUCUGGCGGGAUCCGUAAUUAGCUGGGAGGCGCGAAGACAGAAAACAGUGGCGCUCUUAAGUACAGAGCCAGAGUAUAUGGCGGUAGUGGAGGCUACUAAAGAGACCCUAUACUUGAAAGGCUUAUGA